CGCGGGAUGCGGAGUGAGCGCGCCCCGCCGGGGGCCCCGCGAGGCUGCUCGUCUCCCCGCCGCCGCCGCCGCCGCCACUGCGGCGCCGCCUCUCCGCCUGCCAUUGCGCCGCGGCCGAGCCUCCAGCCUCGCAGCGGCCCCCAGCGCCCCGGCCUGCAGCCUCCCCGCGCGCCCGCGCCCCACCACGCCCCUCCGACUCCCCGCUCCCUCUGAGGUGUGAGCGCUUCGGGCCGAUGCGGUGAUCUCCGGCCGGCCUGGGCGGAGCGCGUGGACUGGCGGGCGGCGGCGAGCACUUGGCGAGCGCCUUUACAAUGGCCCUGACCCUGUUUGAUACAGAUGAAUAUAGACCUCCUGUUUGGAAAUCUUAUUUAUAUCAGCUGCAGCAGGAAGCCCCUCAUCCUCGAAGAAUUACCUGUACUAAUGAGGUUGAAAACAGACCAAAGUAUUAUGGAAGAGAAUUUCACGGCAUGAUCUCCCGAGAAGAAGCAGACCAGCUCUUGAGUGUGGCUGAGGGGAGUUACCUCAUUCGCGAGAGCCAGCGUCAGCCAGGAACCUACACUUUGGCUUUAAGAUUUGGAAGUCAAACCAGAAACUUCAGGCUCUACUACGAUGGAAAGCACUUCGUUGGGGAGAAGCGCUUUGAGUCCAUCCACGAUCUGGUGACUGAUGGAUUGAUUACUCUCUAUAUUGAAACCAAGGCAGCAGAAUACAUUGCCAAGAUGACGAUAAACCCAAUUUAUGAGCACAUAGGAUACACAACCUUAAACAGAGAGCCAGCAUACCAAAAACAUAUGCCAGUCCUGAAAGAGACACAUGAUGAGAGAGAUUCUACAGGCCAGGAUGGGGUGUCAGAGAAAAGGUUGACAUCACUUGUUAGAAGAGCAACUCUGAAAGAAAACGAGCAAAUUCCAAAAUAUGAAAAGGUUCACAAUUUCAAGGUCCAUACAUUCAGAGGGCCACACUGGUGUGAAUACUGUGCCAAUUUCAUGUGGGGUCUUAUCGCUCAGGGAGUGAAAUGUGCAGACUGUGGUUUGAAUGUUCAUAAGCAGUGUUCCAAGAUGGUCCCAAACGACUGUAAGCCAGACUUGAAACAUGUCAAGAAGGUAUACAGUUGUGACCUUACCACUCUCGUGAAAGCCCGUGUCACCAAGCGGCCAAUGGUGGUGGACAUGUGCAUCAGGGAAAUUGAAUCCAGAGGUCUUAAUUCUGAAGGUCUGUAUCGAGUAUCAGGAUUCAGUGACUUAAUUGAAGAUGUCAAGAUGGCUUUUGACAGAGACGGCGAGAAAGCGGAUAUUUCUGUGAACAUGUAUGAAGAUAUCAACAUUAUCACUGGUGCGCUGAAACUGUACUUCAGGGAUCUACCAAUUCCGCUCAUCACAUACGACGCCUACCCUAAGUUUAUAGAGUCCGCGAAAAUUAUGGAUCCCGAUGAGCAAUUAGAAACCCUUCACGAGGCACUGAAGCUCCUGCCGCCCGCUCACUGCGAAACCCUGCGGUACCUCAUGGCGCAUCUAAAGAGAGUGACCCUCCACGAAAAGGAGAAUCUUAUGAAUGCAGAGAACCUCGGCAUUGUUUUUGGCCCGACCCUUAUGAGAUCUCCAGAACUAGACGCGAUGGCCGCGUUGAACGAUAUACGAUACCAGAGACUGGUGGUGGAGCUGCUUAUCAAAAACGAAGACAUUUUAUUUUAAAUUUUAGUUUGCGGGGGGG